UAUGUAGUUCAAAGAAAGGUGGCACAAUGUAUAAAAAAGUGGCUCAUUUAGUAUCAAAAUAAAAAAGUGGCACAAAGUAUGGUGGAGGGUAUAACAAAGAACAAUUUGUGAGUGGACGAACAGACACAAGAACAGUGAAGGAACAGAAAAAAAUACAGUGGGUGCAAAAAUAAGUGCAAAGUUAAAACAAAAGUUUUGAAAAAAAAACUUUGUAAUAUCAAAUAAAUAAAAUAUUAAAUAAAUAAAAGAAAAGCAAAUCACAAAACGUAAAUAAUUUAUCUUAUCGGUGUUAUUAAAAAUAAUGUUCGGUUCUCAAAUAUGUAUUUAGAAGUGUUUGUUUAUAUUUUUUGUCUGGAAUACUAAGGUAAAUUAUUAGUUUAUUUAGAUUGUUUGCGACAUAUAUAGACAUUUAUAUACACUUUUUUAUUAUGUACAAGGAAUUUUGAAGGUUGUAGAUACAUUAUCUUGCUUAGUGAAAUAAUUUAGAUACAUUCCCAUAUGCAACUCCAUGUCGUAGAUGUUUUACCCAUGUUGUUUAAAUGACUCGAAUGCAUUAUCCACGUUUUUGGAUAAGUUAGAUUUAUUAUCCAGGUUUUGGAUAAGUUGGUAUAUUAUAAUAUAUUAUCCAAAUUACAUUAUGCACGCUAUUUGGAUAAGGAAGAUACAUUAUCCAUGUUGUUUGGAUAAGACAGAUAAGUUAUCCACGUUGUUUGAAUAACAAAUUAUUCACGUUACAAACACAUAUAUAUUAUACAAGCCAUAGAUUUAUUAUCCAAAUUGUAGAUACAUUAUCCGCUCUAUUCGGAUGAGGCAGAUACAUUACCCAUAUUGUUUGGAUAACAAAGUAUUCACGUUGCAGACACUGUUUCCAUAUUCUCGACACAUUAUCAGCGUUGUUGAUACAUUAUUCAAAUCGUAGAUACGAUAUCCACAUUGUACAAUCAUUACCCACGAUGUUUGGUUAAGGCACAUGCACUAUCCAAGCUUUUUUGUUAAUGUGGAUACAUUCUUCUUAUUGUUUUGAUAACGUUAAAUUAUCUGGUUUUUGGUUGGAAUAUCGGAGAUACAUUAUCGCAUUGUUGAAAUAUCGUAGAUACAUUAUCCAUGUCUUUAAAAAAUAAAUUGUGUACCUUGUUCGGUUUUCUUAAAUACAUUAUCUAUGUUGUUUGGAUAUUAUCAAUUAUCAAUGUGGAUUGGAUAACGUAGUUACAAAAUAUAAGCAACUUGGAUAACAUAGAUAUAUUAUCGACGUAAUUUAAAUAACUUCGAUGCAUUAUCCUCGAUUUUUGUAUAACAUAGAUCAACGCUCACCAACACACCGCCCAUUGGAGAUUCACCACACCUCGCACACAAUCAAGGGAAUAAUUUAAAAUUGGGUGUUUAGAGUUUAUAACUGGUUCUACCUUCUAUGGCGGAACGUUGGCUAUAUAGAUCCAUGUUUUCCGAUUUUCGUUAGUUUGACUAUUUUAGUCACAUUUCCUAACGGUAGUACCUAAAAUACGGUAUUUAAAUUUCGUACGAAUUUAACAAAAAAAAUAGACUUUGCACAGUGGAACAAAAGUGAAGUUACACAGUGCUACAAAAAAAUAAAAUUUUUAAAAUUGUAGAAAAAUUAAUUUUUUCUUCAAUUUAAAAAAAUAUACAAUUUACAAAAAAAUUUACAACAAAUAGUGAUAUUAAAAUUUUUUAUACAAAAAGAGACUAUACACAGUGUUACACAAGAAACAAUAUAAAGUGACACAAAAAACAACAACAACACGAAGAGUUUUGGAACCAGCAGCAAGCAGGACGGACACAAGCAGCACAACAACAACACACGGUACAACACCCAAAAUCAAAGUGAGUACUCGUGAAAUUUUCUUUUUUGACACAAAAGGACAUUUCGGGAGCAGGCAAAUCUUCAAUAUUUGCAUUGAUCCGCAUAUUCCCAUAUUUUGCAAGAUAACUUUGCCACAUAUUCAAAGCUGCUAGUUGCCCACUCAGACACAGUGAAAGAAAUUUUGCAUUUGGAGCCAUUUUUGUGGACAGACAUUUGGCUAUUGAUCCAGAAAAAAGCAGACAGACACAUAUUUUUUUUCAAAAAUAGUGGGAAUUUUCAUCCGUAUACAAGUUCAGGUGAAUACAUAAGCGCCAUAUUGACACAAAUACAUAAGCUUUUAACUUUGGAAAAUUGGCGUCACCAAACUUGGCAAACAUAUAAACGCCAUAUUGGCAAAACUAUAUACAAAUUUGGAAACAAAGCGUCGAGUAAAUAAUAACCUUUUUAAAAAAUAGCGUCUGGUUGACAGUAGAAAAAUAACCAACAUUUUUUUUAAAUUUUUGAGAAAAAAAAAGCAAGCGUCUGGUGGACAGACAUACAUGUGAUACAAAACCUACAAUUUUUUUGAAAUUUUUGAAAAAAAAGAAACAAACAAGCAUGCGUCUUGUGGACAGACAUACAUGUGAAAUAUUUUGCUGGUUUUUCUAACUUUGCGACUUGAAAAAUUUCGACACUUUUUGGAUUUUUUACGUUAUUUUUUUGCGAAAAAUAUUUGGAUUUUGGCCCAAAUAAUUUUCACUCGAAAUAUUUUGCUUGGACAUUUUAGCUUCAUGAAAUUUUUUGCUGAAAUAUUUGGACCUUGACCAAAAUCAAAUUCUUUUGAAAAAUUUUGCUCAAAAUUUUGGAUUCUGGCCCAAAUUAUUUAUUUUUUUUUUUUUUUUGAAAUAUUUUUCGAGAAAUUUUUCAAAAUUAUUUUCUCUAACUCUCGUUGCGAAUCUGAUCAAAAAUUUAGCGAAUUUAGAAAAUUUGUUGAAUCAGACAAAUUUUCACUGCAAUAAUCAAAGUUAUUGGCUUCUUAAAAUAAAAUCCUCCUGUCAUAGGAUAUUAACCCAUUAACGCCGACGGGUGCGAAAACGCACCAAAAAUAGAGAUGUUUUUGAGCAUGCAUAGAAACGGUUUCAUAUUCGAUAUCGCUUUUCUAUUUCAUUGUAUAGAUAGUAGAUGGAUGGGGCUAUUUUUUUGACUGGCUUUUUUUCACCUACAUGACGAUAAACGCAUCGCCAAGUGCAGGUUUUCUCAUAUACAAAAUUCAAAAUUGUACAUAUAAACGUCUUUGCAUAUAUACGUGUUUGCGUUUUCGCACCCGUCGGCGCUAAUGGGUGCUCUUUUACUAAGAAAAGUAUUUUCGGUUAACCAUAUGUGCGAACGCUAAUGAAAAUAAAAUUGUUCUCAGUAACGCCGACGGGUGCGAAAACGCACCACCCCCUGAACGAGCAAGGGGUAGAGAUAGGGAAUAUGAGUGACAUUAUGGUAUCCUCCACUAACUUUCAAUAUUUUUCACCCACUAAUAAUUGAGCCGGCGUUAAUGGGUUAAGCGAUUUAAGGUGAAAAUUUUGGAUUUUUAUUCGACAACGCAGGGCACAUUUUUACUUCGAAAAAAAAAAUGUCGUUUAUUGAAACAAUAUAUCUCUGACAAUUUCCUUGCAAUCUCGUUUUCACUGUUUUUAAAAAAAAAAAAAACUUUUGAACUAUUUUUCGAUAUACAAAAAUAAAAUCCUCCUGUAAGUGGACUUUAAGAGAUUUUAUUUUUUGUUAAUUUUGGCAAAAAAGUUGUCCCCUUCUGACAACCCAACACACAAUUUUUACUUCGUUUAAAAAUUUUUGGAUCUCUGAAAUUUUUUUUUUGGAAUUUUUAACUUCCCUUUGACUAUCAAACUAGACUCUCGUUUUUUUUGGGGGAUGGGGAUGUUUGAUGUCGAUGUUAAAGGAUGGGAUCCGAUUUUAAUAUACAUUUGUUCAACAAAAUUACCUAGAGGAUUUUUAGAAGAAUUCGAGAACUCAUUAAGCGAUUUGUAAACAAAUUCAAAAAUGGGAACAGUUUGACGCUUUAUUAUCAAACAAAUUCAAAACCUUGGAAUCAGUUGGUAAUAUAAAGCCCUCAACAUCGAAAUUUGCUCAACAAAAACCCACUAACAAUCUCACGCCUAGAUUUUUGAAAACAUAUAGUGGAAGCACGACCUAGUACUAGUGAUGCCGCUAUUACAAAUCAAAUACAGUCCACUACAAACCUAGAACCAACUACUAUUACUACUUUGACCCUCCAAGACAAGCAAAUUUGUGAGCGACAAUCUGGAGGAACACUAUUUUUCACAGCAAUAGUACAAAUUGAAACCAAAGGACAACUUCACAAUGCCCGAGUUCUAAUAGACUCAGGAUCACCAUCCACCUUACUUAUUGGAAUGGACAUUGGACCAUUAAUAUUCACAAUUGGAACUUCAAUGAAAACAUUUGGAUCAAUCUUAACACAAAAAACCAAAUUUGGAUGGAUAGUUGGAGGACCCAUACCAGGAACCACCCUUCAACGAAAACAAAUAUCACUUCUAAACACAACUUCAAUGGAGAAAGUACUUACACGUUUUUGGGAGUUGGAAGAGACCCCUAAACAAGUUUUACGGUCAGAAGAAGACCAAUUUUGUAAACAAAACUACACUGAAACAACAAUAUGGAACAAGGAUGGAAGAUAUGUGGUGACUCUCCCGUCCAAAAAAUGCCAGAGAUCAAAGAACAAUAUGAUGCCUCAAGACUUGAAUCAUAUGAGGAAAAUCAAUGCGAAUGAAAUAGAUAAAAUGCCAAAUUAUUAUCACGCUGUGAUGAAACCCGAUCGACUCACAACGAAGUUAAGAGUCGUAUAUAAUGCUUCUUGUCCUACAUCAAACAAAACUAGUCUAAACGACAUGCUAUAUCCUGGACCCAUUCUACAACAGGAUUUAGUAUUGCAAAUUUUAAAAUGGACAUUCUUUAAAUAUGCCCUCAAUCCAGAUAUAACAAAGAUGUAUCGCCAAAUACUUUUGGAUUCGAAUCAAAGAAAUCUCUUUCGACAGUCUUCUGAAAACCCAGUAGAGGAUUAUGAGCUGCUAUUAGUUACAUGUGGAGUUAACUGCGCAACAUAUUUAGCAUUGAAAUUUCUUCUUGAACUAUCAGGGGAUGUAAAAGAUUCGUAUCCUAGAGCCGCAAACACAAUUUUGAAUAAUUUAUAUGUUGAUGAUGCAUUAGCUGGCGGCCACACUGAAGAUGAAUUAAUGAAAGCUCGAAAGGAAUUAACACUCAUGAAAUGGACGCCAAAUGAUCACAAAAUUAUACAAGAUAUUCCACAUGAACAUUUACUACCACUUAAUUGGCUAGACAUUUUCGAAGAUGCUUCUACUAAAACCCUUGGAAUUCGAUGGAACAUCUCAGGCGAUUAUUUUUCCUUCACACCACAUUCAAUGGAAAAUAAAAAUGUAUCUUCAAAACGAGAAGUUUUUUCAACGAUAGCCAAAUUAUUUGACCCAUGUGGCUGGAACCGGUGGUUGUUGUAGCUAAGCUAAUAAUGCAACAAAUCUGGCUACACAAAAUUGACUGGCAUGAUCAAUUAAAGCCAAUAACUCAGAUGAACUGGAACAAUUUUGGUAAAAAUAGCAAAGAUAUUGAAUAUCUCAGAGUUCCUGGAUGGAUUCAAUACACGCUUGAUGUUUCUGUAGAAAUUCAUGGAUUUUGUGACUCGUCGGAAAGCGCUUAUGGAGCCAUUCUAUAUAUUAGGGUGGAAAAUACUGACCAUACCACACAUACAUUCUUACUAUCAGCAAAGACUCGUGUCGCUCCAAUUAAACAAAUUUCAAUACCUAGACUCGAGUUAUGCAGGGCAGUAUUACUCUCCAAGUUAGCAAGAUCCAUUGUUAAUAGCCUACAAAUAUCAAAAUAUUCGACACAAUUUAGGACAGACUCUACCAUCGCCUUAGCAUGGUUAAAAAAGCCACCUUGUCAUUGGAGCACAUUUGUUGGAAAUAUAGUCUCGGAAAUUGCUGAUAAUGUUGAACAAGAAAAUUGGAGACAUGUUGAUUCGGAAUAUAAUCCAGCUGAUAUUGCGAGCCGUGGAUGUUCGCCUGCAGAGCUAAAGACUAGUGAUCUCUGGCGGCAGGGACCUCAAUGGCUCAGAAUACCUAAAUACCGUUGGCCAUCACAAGAUAUCUUAAAUGACACAAAAUUGGAAGCCAAAACGGCAGAAGUCAUGACACUUUUUGCGGAAAGAGAUGAUCCUUUAAAAUAUUUCUCUUCUUUAGCUAAAGUUUAUCGAUCAUACGCAUAUGCUUUAAGACUCUGGAAAAAUACUGGAGCAAAUAGACAACACCUUCGCACCUCAUCAACAGACCUUACAUCAGAUGAAAUCCAAGAUGGAAAAUGAACUUGCAUAAUUCGCUCACAGAAAUUAGUGUAUGCCGACGAGUACAACCUUCUAAUGAAAAAAACUCAAAUUUCUCCUUCAAGUCCUCUAUUGGCACAAAACCCGUUUCUAGACUCAAAGGGUAUUAUUAGAGCAAAUGGUAGAUUGGUACAAUCGCCAGCCCUAACAUAUAGCGAACGUCAUCCAAUAAUACUACCACAUGACGCAAAGCUUAGCAAAUUGUUAGUCGAAUUUAUUCAUAACAUUACCUUACAUGGUGGUAAUCAAUUAAUGGCCCGAAUAUUAAGGUCCGAAUUCUGGAUAUUUGGACUCAAGUCGAUAAUCAAACAAGCCAUACGAAAAUGUCGAAUCUGCUUAAUACACAAAAAACAAACCCAAACUCAAAUAAUGGCUUCGCUACCACCAGAACGUACUUUUCUUUCUCGACCCUUUACAAACACAGGGGUAUAUUUCGCAGGACCCUUUAACAUUAAAAGUUAUUCAGGAAGAGCUUUCUCUAUUACAAAAGGCUACAUGUGCCUGUUUGUUUGUUUCGCCACUAAGGCUAUACAUUUAGAACCCACAAGCGAUUUAUCGAAAUAGGCCUUUCUUGCCGCUUAAGUCGGCGAGGUUGUCCGUCUUAUAUAUUUUUGGAUAACGGAACUAACUUUGUGGGAGCGGUUGAUCCAUUAAAGCGAGAUAGAUUAGAUUUCAUGAAGAAUAUUCAAAAUAGCACAAUUCAAAAU